GAAACGGCCAUCGAGAAAAUGGCGUAAUUUUAGGUGUGUGCGCCGGCGGGAGCUCUUGUGGCAAAACGUCGAAUCGAACUUCAAUGCUAUCUUGACCACGUUUCAGAAAGAUGGCAAACUAUGUCACUUCAUCGGGUGGUCCUGUGCGGCCGCCGAGAACAUUCAAGACAACGAAAGACUCGAAUGGCCUGCUUAUAUCGGUUAUCAGGUCGCUCUCUGCCAGCCAAAACAGUGCCGAUCGUGAUCGCGAGAAAGCGAAACUUGAGAAGGACUUUAAACGUAGCGAUCAAAAGUUGGAUGACUUGGUUGCACAAAAUAAGGAGGACCUCACACGUGCAAUGCAAGAUUUUAGUAAGAUAUCAUCUCGAAUAUCAGCAUCACGGAGCAAAGUGCAAUGUAUCAAGGAAAAACUGACAACUUGCAAAACUCUUCUCCACUGCAAACGAGAUGAACUAAAAAAGCUUUGGCUUGAGGCUGUGGAGCACAAGCAUGUACUCCAACUUCUUGAAGAAAUUGAAUCAUUAGUUGAAGUGCCGGAUAAGAUAGAUGCUUACCUCAGUAAAAAGCAAUAUCUUCAUGCCACACAGCUGCUUGUGUCUUCUGUAAACCUUGUUGAAGGAAGUCUCGAAGGUGUUGAGGCCCUUAAAGAUGUGAAAGGAAAGCUUAUUUUCAAGAAAGAGCGGAUGUAUGAAGACCUUGUAGAUGAACUGCACAGGCACUUGUACCUGAGGAGAACAACAGAAGCACUGCAAAAGUUUCGACGCCAGAGCUCGGACAGGAAGGUGCAGUUUGGCUCAAUCGCUCAAUCGAGGUCUGCUCUUCUAGAGCUUGUGCCUCUUGUACCAGGGCAGAAUACCAGCCCUCAAGAACUGAGGAAUUCCAGCACUGCAACAUUGAGUUCUGCACCUUCCAGCAUCACAGCUGGCGACACCGAAACUAGUAGUUUGCUCAAACUGGAAGAAUCUGGCCAAGUUGGCGAAGCACCACAUUUGGUACCGAAAUACACAGCCAUCCUGGUCAGGUGCUUGGCUUUGCUCAACCGCAUUCCUGAUACUGUUGAGCUCAUCAAGGAACGCUGCCAGACUGAGCUAUUAGCAAUGGUGCGGCGGACAACCCAGGUGCUUCUGGACACGAGCAAUGGUUCUGCACAGACAGCUUCAGCUCUACAACCACGGCUGCUUCUAGACUUGUUGGAUCUGCUGUUUGAGCAAUUUCACACUGUGGCCACUGGACAUGAGUGUGUUUUGACGAACAUGCAUGCUAUGGUGGAUACCCAAGGACCUGACAAUGGUAUACCGAUGUAUAGCUUGGCUGAUGUGUGGGCAAGAAUACAGGCUGUGAUGGAAUAUGUUGUGGGGAAGUACCUGGACAUUCACAAUACCGGUUCUGCACAACAAGUCCCUCCACCUGUGUUCACUGAUAUGACAGCAACAAAUGACAUCGCUUCCUAUUUCACUCGAAGGAGAAAUGUCAAGCAGAAGAAGUUUGCACUCUUUAGGUUUGAUUGCUCUUCACAUGCCAUCAGCAUGAAUACAUAUUUAAAAGAAAAGAAGGAAGAAAUGAAGGACAAGUGUGAUUACGUCGAAGUGGCAGAUUCUCAUCAGCAGUUGGUUUGUGUGCCUACUUCCAAGAAUAUCACAUAUAUUUUCAAGCCACUAAUGAACUUCAUUACGGAUAUAGAAGCAGCACUGAAACUAGAGGAUGGAAAUCACUGCCACUUGUAUGAAUACCUGGUUGAAUGUGUCAAAAUAUUCUUGGGGCAUGUGAACAAUGAUCUGGACAACACCAUUGACAACGCUACAAAAAGUCUGGAGACCUGGAAAGUGACCUCCGAUGCAGAAAUUUUAAAAUCUCAUGGAAUUGUGAGGCCAUUAUUACAGAGCACAUUGUGUGUGGACCAGAGUCUUCAAGGCUUGCAAGAGUUGAUGCAGGCACUGCCUAUGUAUGUUGAGCAUUUCCUCAGCUUGGCCUGUACCAUCCUUUAUAACUACAAGCAAACCAGCCAGGUUGCGUACAGAGGCAUUGUUCAGCCAGAAUCUGAAGACAAGCGGAUCAUCAGUGCGACGUGGGCCAAAGAUGAAGACAUCAGCCGCUUUUUGAUGUCUCUUCCCAACUGGGCCAACUUGCAGCUGAUGAAGGAGAACCGGGCAGCUGUGGAUGUUGAGGAGUCACCUGAAGAAGUGCGGCUGCGCAACAAGAAGGAGUCUGAGAUCCUUAUUGGGAACUUGGCGAGUGGCACACUCAUCCCUCCACAUGAAAUCCUCUCAGAUGUGGCCCAGCUGCGCGUGCUGGCUCAGCUACAGGAAAGCCUUGAAUGGCUGAGCUCACGAAUACAGAGCAUGGCUAGCUGUGUAGUGCAUAUACAAAAACAACGUGGAUCAACUUAUGUUCUUGCUUCUCCAAGAGAAUCGGUUCAGGAUUUGCCACCAGUACCUGAUGCAACUGUCCAGACAUUGGAAGAGCUGGCAAAAGACUUUCAAGAAAUAGCUGAUACUUGCCUUUUGGUUUUGCACCUGGAAGUGCGAGUACACUGUUUCUUUUACCUCCUACCUGUAACUAUACAAGGCAACUUUGCGGGCGGUGUGGACAGCCAAGAGCCUGACCCUGAAGUUAUGAAGCUGAACAAGGACCUCUCAAGCAUCGAUGAAGCCAUGACUGCCUGCCUACAACAGCGAAAACACAGGUACAUAUUUGAAGGGCUAGGGCACCUCAUUGCCUCCAUCUUGAUCAACAGCACAUCCAGCAUACAGAAGGUCAACGAGAAUGGCAUCAAAAAAGUUUGCAGGAACAUCUUUGCAAUGCAGCAAACCUUGACAAGUAUCACAAUGAACCGUGAAGUGGCUCUGGAUUAUGCAAGGCAAUACUUUGAACUUUUUUACUACACUCCUGAGGACAUAUUAAAUCUAAUAGUGGAGCAUGGUGCCCAAUUUCAAGAGAUGGAAUACAAGAAUGUCUUGCUGCUGCUUCAUCGUAGUCUUCCUAGCAGUGACCGGGACCCAGACAGUCUGGAUGCUUUGCUUUCUCGGCUUAGAGACAUCCUCAAUGAAGUGGCCGUUGCCAUUUAGCCCCCAACUGUGAAAGGCUUGGCUGCAACUGAUGGUUACUGUGUGGGUCAUAUGACUGGUGAUGCAAGCACAGGAACAGGAAAGAUAAUGCUUCUGAGGACUUCGUUUCUCAGGUGUAGUGACACACUUGCCAUGUGUCUGCUGGAAACGUCUCUGACUGACCUACAUUCAAGGUCUCUUCCCUUCCAUCCAUGUUCGUCAUGUAAUGUGCAUGACCAUGGCCCAAGUCGGAGCUGCCCAGUGAGAACACUUGCAGCAGUGUGUUUGAAUUGGAUGAGAGCCAUGUGUCAUCCCAGUUGCUUCUACAAGUGGUGCUUGAGUGUGUGUGUACAGGGGGAUAAGGUGAUGUGUGCACUUGCGACAGAUUUGCGUGCCAUUGUUCGCUUGUGCCUGUAUUUAUGCAGCUGGGGCCGCUUUUGUGAAGCUUUUUACCCCACUGGAUAAAAAGCUUUUGCGCAUGUAUCAGUAAGCUGCCAUGCAGUAUGUUGCCGGCUGAUGGAGUGGCACUCGCAUGAAACUUGUUUACAUUGUCUCCCGACAACUUCCUGUGCAGCAGCUUACUGUCAGUUAUGCAAAACUUUCUAACCGUGGGUAAAUUUGCCCAAUGAUAAAAUGCUCCAUGGAAGUGGCCCCUAGUAACUGAGAGGCUUUGCACUUUUUUACACUGUAUAUUGAACCUUAACUGACCCAUCUUUCUCUGUGGCAGUUCUUUUGUUGAUUCUAGAAUAAGUAUGUUAUUUAAUAUGUGAUUGUAUCUUUUUGUGCACUUUUUUUGCUUUGUUGAAAACUGAGGUCACAAGAUGCUGUAUUUGUUGUCAGUGUCUGGUUGUAAUCACAGUGUCAUGAAUUAAUCUUGCUGUUCAGAAGAUAAUGGGACAAUAGCCACUCAUGUGCCUUAAGAUUUGUGAUUGCUUGCAGUUUUUGCCCAUAUAUUCAUGUUUUAUACUGUUAUGCUGCUAAUAACAUCUGUUGUGUUACAGUUCUGUUUGCAGAGGUAUUGAUUCAUCCUCCUUUUUUUUUAAGCCUGUGUUGACCAGUACACCAAUGAUCAGUAUGGUGCAGUGCAUUUUUGGGAGCCCACAUUUUUAGCAGUGCCAAGAAAGAACUAUAAGAAAAGUAAUUUGCUAUGCAUUGCAGUACCUGUCAUGCAGAAUGUUAGUUGGCGUUUCAAUUUUCUUUGGGCAUGUGGAAAAUAUACCGUACUUCGGCUAGAAAAUACAGGAAAACAAGUGCUCAUCCAGAGUAGAAUUUAGGCACAGCAUGCCCACGGUAGCAUCCUUUUCAGGUGCAAUGUAGAAAUUAGUAAGUAUCACAAGCAUAAAUUUGAGCUAAGACUAUCUAAUGAAGUAAUGAGCUUUUUAUUACAAUCGGCUUUGUAGGAGACUGUUUUUUCUCUCUCUCUCUCUCUCUCUUUUUUUUUAGUAGGUAGCUUCAACAUUGCAAACAUAAUGAGACAAAAAUCUGUGUAUAGGAGAUGACGUGAGAGCCUGCUCACAUUGGCUGCAUAGUUUUGCAAGUAAUGCCUUGCCUAGCUGAUAUUCUGUAACAUGAUAGCUGACAUGAGUGCCACUUGUUACCAAGCACAUUCGGUUGCUGUCGUGAAGUGCGAUUCUGUAUUUCCUCAUUUGUAAUGUUGCUUUGUGUAACCUGCUUGAAUUUUUUUUUUUGUUCAGAAAGGGCCGCAUGUUAACACUUAUGAAUUAAGGUAUUUCUGCUAUCACUUUGGAAACUAGGUUGCUUUAACCCUAGUUAUAGUGACCUUUUUUUUUUUUUUUUGAAGCAAAAAAUGAAGUUGUAAAAGUGGAUAGGCCAUGGAAGUAGAGAGUACCUCAGAGAGUUACAAUAUGCAAAGUCAUGUGUAUUGUUCACAAGUAUAUACACAUGUUAUAAAAUUGCAAUUUGGUCUUGGACUCUGCAGUGAACUAUGCAGGUGAUUGAAGAUACAAGCUAAUAAUGGUUUGCACAUUGCUGAAGUUAUUUUAUGCAUGGAUACUUAUUUUAUAAACAAGAACUAUGAAGUGUGCAUGAUCCCAGAGUUUUCACGUGGGUAUGUAUGAGAUUAGAUUUCUUUUUGGCAGUGUUUAUGAAAGAUAAAGCAUUAACAACCUUGGCAUGUCAUCUGUACAGUAUAAGGACUGAGUUACACUAAUAGGUAUUGCCAGUCAAAAUAAAUAAUACUGCAAUUAUUUGUUCA